AUGAAGGAUGCUGAUGAGUUUGAAAUGCUAUUGGGUGAGAUCCCACAUGCAACAUCUUCAUUGAAUAUUCAAAUCACACAUGCCAAAUCUCAUCAUCAUAAUCUUGAUCAUCAUGGAUAUGGUAAUGCAUCGUCUGCGCCAAGGAAAAUUAACGGUCGUGAUCGCGGUAUGUCUGAUGAUGAAUUGUUAAAGCAUAAGUAUGCAUGUAUUUCUUCUCCUGUGAGUGGGUUUUCUUUACAAUCUGAUGGUUCUUCAUCAAGCCUGCUCUCUGGUGGGCAUUCAUUUUCUGAUAGUGGAUCACCCACCCCACCCCAAUUUGAAGAGCUGAAGCCCCACUCAAUUUCUGGGAAUGGACUUUGGUCGGAAUUUAAAAAGUCCAAUGAUAAAAAUAUGGUUGAUGAACUGAAGUUGAUAAGAAAUUUUGGUAAAUUGUGUAUUAAUGAUGCUAAAGGGGACGUUUCAGCAUCCCCAAACGGUAUUCAAGUUUGUUAUCAAUCUAUGAGUGGGGAAUCUGUUAAUUAUGGGAAGGGUUUUUCGAAUUGGGGAAGGUUUAAUUCUUACGUUCCAAGAAGUCCUGUGAAUUUUGAGGGUCAGGAUUACAGAAUGGGUAAUUUAUUGGGAUCCUGGUAUUCCCCUGUUCAAUCUGAUGGAUUGUUUGCUCAAUCAGAUUGGGAGAAUUCUGCUUCGAGUUCUCAAUUUUAUAGGAAUGAUAUGCAGGAAGGCAAUGAUUUCCUCGUGGGAGUUCCAGCUUUGAAUUCUUCCACUUUGAACAGGCCUGAUACUUCAAUUUAUGCUUCGCGAAAUGGGAUGAAUCCAAUUGAUGGCAGAGAUGUUUUUUCAUCGCCUAACGUGCUUCAAUCAACUCACUUAAUGCCUCAAUUUAGUGCACAAAAUUUACUUCAUUUCCAUCAACCAGUGCCUAAUGGAAGGAUCAAAAUACCUGCGUUUGUUAGAGUGCCUGAAUUGGUUGUUGAAGGCUUAACCGGAGAGGAUGGCUUAAUUGUUCAAGGGGAAUAUCUAAAUGAUGCAAUGAAAAGAAGAUAUGGACGUUCUAGGGGACAAAAUACUCAAGAGUUCAUACCCCAAGAAACCAGGUUACAACUAGAUGGCCAUCCACAUGUUUCUAAAAUCCAAGAAAGUGGCCGAAUUGCAAGGACACGCUGCCCUUUCUCGAUCACAUCAAAGUGUAGCUCCCUAGUCGAAGUGCAAGGAUACAUAUAUCAUAUAGCCAAGGAUCAGCAUGGAUGCCGAUUCUUGCAAAGGAUGUUUGAUGAAGGGACUUCUCGAGAUGUUCAAAUAAUAUUCAGUGAGGUAAUUCAUCACGUGGUUGAACUUAUGUUGAAUCCCUUUGGAAAUUACCUUGUGCAAAAACUGUUAGAAGUGUGCAAUGAAGACCAAAGAAUGGAGAUUCUGCUUAGGGUAACCGAUAAGCCAGGGGAGCUUGUUAGGAUCUCUUUAAAUGCACAUGGCACUCGAGUGGUCCAGAAGUUGAUUGAGACUCUCAAAACAAGGAAGCAAAUUUCACUAGCUAUUGCAGCCCUUGGACCGGGCUUUCUUGCCCUCAUCAAAGACCUAAAUGGUAACCAUGUUGUCCAGCGAUGCUUGCAAUGUUUUACCAUUGAAGAUAGUAAGUUCAUUUUUGUUGCUGCUGCAAAUUACUGUGUGGAUAUCGCAACACAUCAACAUGGAUGCCGUGUUCUUCAACGAUGCAUCGCCCAUGCAACUGGAGAACACCGGGAGAACUUGGUUGCAGAAAUUUCUGCAAAUGGGCUUCUUCUCGCUCAAGAUGCAUUUGGAAAUUAUGUUGUUCAGUUUAUUUUAGAACUUAAGAUCCCUUCUGCUGCAUCCAAGUUAACGUCUCAGUUUGAGGGUAACUAUGUGCAUCUCUCGACCCAAAAGUUUGGUAGCCAUGUUGUUGAAAAGUGUCUUGUGGUGUGCAAUGAUGAAACUCGAUCAAAAAUCAUUCUUGAAUUGCUCUCUGCAACUUAUUUUGAGCAGUUGCUUCAGGAUCCACAUGCAAAUUAUGUUGUUCAAACAGCUCUUCGGGUUUCUAAGGGUCCGGUUCACAAUUCUUUGGUGGAUGCGAUUGAGUCCCACAAGGCAAUCUCGCGCAACAGUCCUUAUUCCAAGAGGAUUUUCUCUUACAAGCUUUUGAAAAAGUGA